AUGACGUACGUCACCAUCUACCUUCAAACUGACGCCAGGCAUGGUGGCCGAAAAAGACGUAGGAAGGAGAAGUGCGCCAAAAGUGUGAAAAGUCCGGACGAUGUCCAUGAUGGCGGCAAAACGUGCCAGGACGAAGACUACAUAGUCCAAGUCCAUGGUGGUGCCCAGGAAAGGACAAAAUCUGAGAAUACGCCGGACGGGCCUUUGAUCUCGCAGCAGCCGGGCAUGCCCGGGCGGUCGCGCCGGCGCCCGGAUCUCACGCUGCCGUUGCCGCAGCGGGAUUUGACCUCCCUCGCCGUGCCGCUACCGCUCCCUCCGUCCUCCGCGCCGUCGUCCAUGUCGUCGUCGGGAUCCCUCUCGGGGGCGGCGUCGCUCGGCGCGCCCACCUCGGCCGGCUCCGCGCCGCCGAACCCGCCGCCGCCUCUGUGCGAGCUGGAGCGCGUGCGCUGCAUCGGAAGCGGGGCAGGCGGGACGGUGUGGAUGGUGCGCCACCGUACCACGGGCUGCGCCUAUGCGCUCAAGGUGCUCUACGGCAAACACGACGACGCCGUGCGGCGGCAGAUCGUGCGCGAGGUCGCCAUCCUCCGCACCGCUGAGCACCCGGCCGUGGUGCGCUGCCACGGCAUGUACGAGCUGGACGGCGAGCUCCAGAUCCUGCUCGAGUACAUGGACGGGGGCUCGCUCGAGGGCCACCGCAUCGCCGACGAACGCUUCCUCGCGCACCUGGCGCGCCAGGUGCUCUCAGGAAUCGCCUAUCUCCACCGGCGUCACAUCGUGCACCGCGACAUCAAGCCCUCCAAACUCCUCAUCGACUCCGGCCGGCGCGUGAAGAUCGCCGACUUUGGUGUGGGGCGCAUCCUGAACCAGAUCAUGGACCCCUGCAACUCCUCCGUGGGCAGCAUCGCGUACAUGAGCCCCGAGCGCAUCAACACCGACCUGAACGACGGCGCCUACGACGGGUACGCCGGCGAUAUCUGGAGCUUCGGCCUGACCAUCCUCGAGGUCUACCUGGGCCGGUUCCCCUUGGGCGAGAACCUCACCAAGCAGGGCGACUGGGCCGCGCUCAUGUCCGCGAUUUGCCACUCCGACUCGCCGCAGGCGCCGCGGGACGCCUCGCCGGAGUUCAAGAACUUCAUCAGCCUGUGCCUCCAGAAGAACCCCGCGAACCGGCCGACCGCGCUUCGGCUGCUGCAGCACCCGUUCGUCGCCUUGCCGCAGCCACAGCUGCACAUGAGAGUGACUGACGAGUAGGGUUGAAGCAGAUACAGUGCAUUCACCGAUCCUCCAUGAACAAGACGGUCCAUCUGGGCAUAUCCGCCGGUUCCAGAUAGAGAUGUAUAUUUGCAUCCGUUUAUGCAGGCUACGUCAGCUCAUACAGAAAACACUCUUCUCUGAAAGUAUAUAUCCACCUAUGCAAGAUAGUGCUCCUGCCACCGACCAAACACACCCUUAAUUGAUUACCUUGCUAAUUCGAAUGGGUGGAUGUGGAUUGAUCAUGGAUGGACGGUUUGCCUGGUUUCUUUGCAAGCAUUUUCAGUUACUGUGAUUACCUAAGGUCCCUGAAGUAUCCUUGUUAUCGUGUUUCAGUUUAUGUAAUAAGGUACUUCAAUUUUCUGUUUUGUAUGUUGCUCUGCAAUUUGCAUGCUUUGGUCAUUUGGUGCGAAAUGUAUACUGUGCUUUCAAAACUCAA